AUGACAGAUUGUAACAGGCAGUGCACACACAAAGCGAUCAGAAUUCAAAGAUUCAAAUCGGGUCGGGCGACGAUCAAGGCCGUUAAAGCUCGUCAGAUCUUCGAUAGCCAUGGUAAUCCGACGGUUGAAAAUGAUGUUGAUGCUAAUAUGGAUGAAGAUGAUGUUGAUGCUAAUGUGGAUAAAGAUGAUGUUGAUGCUAAUGUUUAUGAAGACGAGGUUGAUGCUAAUGUAGAUGAAGACGAGAUGAAGACGAUGUUGACGCUAAUGUAUGAAGACGAUGUUGAUGCUAAUGUGGAUGCUAAUGUUAAUCCUAAUAUUGAUAUUUUUGAUCCUAGAAAUUGGGAUGGACUUAAUCGUAACAUGAUCAAUGAUUUGGUUAAGAAAGGUCCAAAACGAGAUUUAAAUAUGAAUAAGGGUCCCGUUGAUAAACAUGGAAGACGAUUUUCUACAAGCAUAUACACUAGAAUUCUACCGAAUAGAGAGACUUGUGAUAGAGAAUGGCUAGUGUAUUCGAAAGAGCUUGAUAAGCUAUUUUGUUUUUGUUGCAAAAUUUUUAGACAAGGGCAUCCGAAAGGCACGUUGGAUGGUGAAGGUUUUUCAGAUUGGAAACAUGCUACUAGACUUAAAUAUCAUGAAGUUAGCGUUGAACAUUUGAAGAAUAUGAAACAAUGGUUUGAAAUGCGUCAAAUGUUGGAUUGCAACACAACAAUUGACAAAGUAGCGUACGAGCAAUUUAAGAAAGAAAGAGAUUAUUGGAAAAAGGUCAUUUUAAGGAUCAUUCAACUUGUGAAAUUUCUUGCUAAACAUGGUUUAGCAUUUCGCGGACCAAAUGAGAAGUUAUAUAAAAAGGGUAAUGGAAAUUUUUUGGGAUUGGUUGAGAUAUUGGAAGAGUUUGACCCGAUUAUGAAAGAAUAUGUGUGGCGUAUCAUGAAUGAUGAAACCCAUAUACAUUAUCUUGGAUGA